UUCCUAUGGUUUUUUGAUGUUACGUCACAUGAGGACUUUUCUCAGUCAAUCAUUCUAGUCUGCAGCUCCAUGGAAGCAGCUGAAUGGGGGACAUCUAAUCUUCCUAAAUUCUACCAGGAAAAUACUAUAGUAGUAAUUACUACGUAGUAGUAAUAACACAAAAGUCAAGAAAACUGCAUCCUCCCCUCCCUCUCCAUGGUUGAUUAUUGCCAUGAGAUUCCUCAACUUUCUCCUUAUUUCUACGGUUCUAACAAUCACCCUCCUCACAACCUCCACUCAGGCGGCCACUUUUGAGAUCCAAAACAACUGUGCCUACACGGUUUGGGCUGCGGCCACUCCCGGCGGCGGCCGGAGGCUUACUACCGGCCAAACAUGGACUGUCAACGUGGCAGCAACCACCGCAGGUCAAACUGGUCGUAUAUGGGCUAGAACCAACUGUACCUUCAACUCAAACGGCACCGGCAGCUGUCAAACGGGUGACUGCGGGGGACUUCUUAGGUGCACAGUCGACGGUGUUCAUGCACCCCCAGUUACUCUAGCUGAAUACUCGUUGAACGGGUUUAAUAACCAAGACUUCCUCGACAUCUCCCUUCUUUAUGGCUUCAAUGUGCCAAUGGAGUUCAGUCGUCCGUCCAUUGGCUGCACCGGCGGCAUCAGGUGCGCCGCCGACAUAGAAGGACAGUGCCCGCCUAGGCUUAGAGCUCCCGGCGGUUGCAACAAUCCUUGUACCGUUUUCAAUACUGGUGGAUACUGUUGCACCUCUAGCCUCACAUGUGAACGGACCUACCUCGCCAGAUUUUUUAAGGAUAUGUGCCCGAAUGCAUUGAGUUACCCAACAGAUGACCAGAGUAGUAUAUAUACUUGCCCAGCAGGCGGCACCUAUAGGGUAGUCUUUUGCCCUUAGUAGAGCCGAACUACUUAGAGUUAGAGGCACUUGUAAGUCGUUAAGUACCAACACUCUGUAAUAGUUCAAUCAAGUGUUUAUCAUCAUCAGGAGAUUUUACUGCCCCUUCAUACGAAUAUGGUGUGCUCAAAUUAAAUGAUAUAGCACUUUCACUUC